AUGUCCAACAAUACCGUACCACAUGUCACCACUGCCCACCAAUCCUUACCCAACAGCAUCAACGUCUUCUACCGGUCCGCUGGACCGUCAGAUGGCCCUGUCAUCCUCCUUCUGCACGGCUUUCCAGCCUCUUCGUUCCAGUUCCGCAACCUGAUUCCCAUCCUCGCUCUCGCCGGUUACAGAGUCAUCGCCCCGGACCUACCAGGUUUUGGCUUCACCGAGAUUCCCGAGUCGCUAAAUUUCCAGUACACCUUCGCAAACAUCGCCGAGACCAUGGGCUCGUUCCUGGACGCGCUCAAGAUCGAGAAGUUUGCCGUUUAUGUCUUCGACUAUGGCGCCCCCACUGGAUUCCGCCUCGCCCUGCAGCGCCCCAAGGCCAUCACCGCGGUCGUGAGCCAGAACGGCAACGCCUACGAGGAGGGUCUGGGAGCGUUCUGGGAUCCGCUCCGCCAGUUGUGGGCCGCGGCAGAGGGCUCCGCCGAAGAAGAGAAAUUGAAAAGCACUAUUAAGGGCGCUGUACUAAAUCUUGACGCCACGAAAUGGCAGUAUACCGAGCACGAGCCGCAUCCGGAGCUUGUUGACCCGGCGAGCUGGACGCUGGACUGGGCGUUGAUGAACCACCCGGCCAACAUCCAGGUGCAAUUGGGACUGUUCAAGGAUUACAGGACUAACGUGACGCUGUAUCCUCAAUUUCAAAAGUGGCUGAGGGACUCGCAGGUGCCGCUAUUGGCCGUGUGGGGUGCUGAGGAUGAGAUUUUCGUGAAGGCGGGCGCCGAGGCCUUCAAGCGCGACCUACCUGAUGCGCAGAUUGAGCUGGUGACGGGUGGGCAUUUCUUGGAAGAGGCGCAGACGGAGACUGUCGGAAAAUUCAUGGUGGAUUUCCUGAAGAAGAACGGAAUUGGUGCUUGA